GAGAAAGCGCGGAGACGCGGGGCUAUAAAUAGGAGGCGUGAACGAAGCCGGGAGAGAUCACGUUGUGCGUGAACAGCGCACACGUCCAGCCAUGGCGCCUGCGAUCUCGCCGCAAGACUCUCGCGCCCCUCUCACACACAAGAUCCGAAAGCCUCUGGUGGAGAAGUUACGGCGAGAGCGAAUCAACGGCAGCAUCGAGCAGCUCAAGUCUCUCCUGGCUCCGGAGUUCCUCCGGCAGCGCCCGGACUCCAAGAUGGAGAAGGCCGACGUGCUGGAGAUGAGCGUUUGCGUCCUGAGGCGCCUCCAGUCCGUCCGUCGGGGUUACGCCAAGUGCGCCAGGGAGGCGCCGCGCCUCCUGUCCCAGGAGGAGCGCUUGGGGCUGCUCGGUUCCUCUCGCGAGGACAAGAUGAGAGAGGAGGACUCGUCUCCUCUCGGCAAGGAGGACAGCUCGGCCAAGAGCGGCCCGUGGAGGCCCUGGUAGACCGUCGGGACU